CUCACUCUCCUGCCAUUACGAAACUCCUUUGUCAACUGCAGUUAACCCCCUAUCGGCGGGACUUUCGAAUCCAGAUCAUGCUCCGUUCAGUUUCUCGUCGACUUCCUCGGCGAAUCCCCCGUCUCUCGUCGACCGCAGGCGGUCCUGGUCCAGCUUAUUGCGCCCUGCGCACCUUCACGCGGAUGCCGGCAUCACAAUCCCCUAUUGACCCCGCCACGCCACCCGCACAACUGCCAGGCGAUUCCUAUCAACUCCUGUCAACGGCUGACAAGACCGGUUCAGCCGAAGAUGCUCUAUUCGACCAGCAGAUCAAGGAUGUCGAGGCAUGGUGGAAGUCUCCGCGGUUUGAGGGGAUCAAGCGUCCCUACUCCGCCGCGGAUGUGGUUAGCAAGCGGGGCACUCUGCAACAAACAUACCCGAGCUCGUUGAUGGCAAGAAAGCUUUUUAAUCUGCUGAAUGAAAGAGCGGCAGAGGGAAAGCCGGUCCAUACAAUGGGUGCCAUUGACCCGGUUCAGAUGACGCAGCAAGCACCAAACCAGGAGGUUCUGUACAUUUCCGGCUGGGCUUGCUCCUCUCUCUUGACUACUACCAACGAAGUCUCGCCCGAUUUCGGUGACUAUCCGUACAAUACCGUUCCAAACCAAGUCCAGCGAUUGUUCAAGGCCCAGCAACUGCACGAUCGGAAACAAUGGGAUGCUCGGAGAAAGUUGACGCCGGAAGAACGCAAGACCACACCGUACGUUGAUUACUUGCGGCCGAUUGUGGCGGAUGGCGAUACAGGGCAUGGUGGCUUGUCCGCUGUGUUGAAGCUGGCUAAGCUCUUUGCCGAGAACGGGGCUGCUGCUGUCCAUUUCGAAGAUCAACUUCAUGGUGGGAAGAAAUGCGGCCACUUGGCAGGCAAAGUGCUUGUACCUAUGGGAGAGCACAUAAACCGACUGGUUGCGGCCCGCUUCCAAUGGGACAUGAUGGGCGCGGAGAACCUGGUUAUUGCUCGGACAGACUCGGAGAGUGGACGCCUAAUCAGCAGCGCGAUUGACGUGCGCGACCAUGAAUUCAUCCUUGGCGUCACGGAGGACGUCGAGCCCCUGGCCGAGACUUUGCAGGCCAUGGAGCGCGAGGGAGCUUCUCCUUCGGAAAUCAACACUUACGAGUUGGACUGGGUUAAGGGACAUACGCUUGUCACUUUCGACGAAGCCGUCGACGCGCACCUCAAAGCAGAAGGCGCCCCUCAGUCCGCCCGGGACGCUUACAAGAAGCGCGUCACCGAGAACCCUGACCUAUCCUUCUCACGCCGAAGAGCCCUGGCCAGUGACUACUCCAAGACGCCCGUAGUCUGGUCCUGCGAUAUUCCCCGCACACGGGAGGGAUUCUACCACUACCAGGCCGGCUUCCCGGCCGCCACCAAACGAGCAAGGGUAUUUGCGCCUUAUGCGGAUCUCCUCUGGGUGGAGACAGGCGAUCCCGACGUCUCCAAGGCCGCCAACCUAGCCGGCGAGGUGCGCAGCGCCUACCCUGGCAAGAAACUCGUCUACAACCUGAGCCCGUCAUUCAACUGGAUGGGCCAGGGCUUCGACGAGGCGUCUCUCAAGUCUUUUGUCUGGGAUCUGGCUAAACAUGGCUUUGUCCUCCAACUCAUCUCCCUCGCCGGCCUGCACACAAACGCCACCAUCACCACCGAACUAUCCCGUGCGUUCAAAGACGAGGGCAUGCUCGCUUACGUCCGCAUGGUCCAGUCGCGCGAGAAAGAGCUCGGUGUCGAUGUCCUGACGCAUCAGAAAUGGAGCGGUGCUCCGUACAUGGAUGGCAUCUUGGGCGCUAUUCAGAGUGGCAGUAGUAGUAGCAGGAGUAUGGGGCAGGGGAAUACGGAGACUGGCUUUUAGGUUGGGCUAUGCUAGGCUGGGCGAGGCUGGGCUGGGCUGGGCUGGGCUGGGCUGGUGUAGCGUCCCUGGGGCUUG